AGCCAGAACAGAGCCACACAGAGCUUUGGCUUUGGGAACACAUUGUGCUCAGACUAGCUGCUGUUGUUCAGUUUAGUUUUCGUUUUCAUUUAGUAAGUUACGAUGUAUGUCGAUAAUAUGUUGUGUGGUGAUGUGUGAAAAUUCAUGUUUUUUAUUCCAUCAUGGCUAGUGUUGAGAAAUGGAAAGUGAUAUGGUGUGUCUGUUUUGUGUUUUUGAGGACUUUGAAGACUGAAUCAAUUGAAAUCGAAGGACAAGGGCCAGCACCUGAAUUUUACCGACAUGUUGUUGUUAAGCCAAGGAUAUUCCACGGAAGGGAGAAGAGAAGCAUUCAGUCUACUCGAAAACAUCAGGAUGGAGUGGAGCAUCUUCACGACGUAACACUAGCUUAUAAUCUAAAUGGAAAGGAACAUUUGAUUGAUCUCAGACUAAAUAGGGACCUUAUACCAAAAAAUUACUUUGAACGUCACCAUAAAAAUGGUUCAACUGUGAUAAAUCGACCUGAUCCCAAGAAUGUGGAAUUAUGCCAUUACAUUGGGAAAGUGCGCGGAGCGAAAAACUCGUGGGCUGCUCUAUCCACUUGCUCUGGCUUGAGCGGUAUGGUGUAUACGGGAGAGAGUUUACACUACAUUGAAAAAGCCAAAGGAAACAACAGCAAUGAAGAUGACGACGAUGAUAAAAUUCAUGGAAAAGAUCAUUUCGUUUAUGAUCAUAACGAUCUCAAAGUCAAUCAUACUUGUGGUUACUCAGGUACAGCAUUCCACCAUAUCAAUCCAGAUAUCAAUCUGGAAAAUACAAAACUCAGGGUAAGCAUACUAUCUGGCAUUUCAAAAUUGAAUUUUUCCUUGUUAAGCAUGCAUCUGUGCUACAAACAAAUAAUAAGAAUUCAUACAUAGAUUUCAAGAGAGAAU